GAGAGAGUCCCUUGUCUAUCAUACACGCCUCAUAACACAGUCUCACACUCCAAUUUCUCUUCUCCCCUCGGUAGUCUCCCAAACUAAAAAACCAAAAUUCCCUUCAAACUCACUGGGUAAUUUGUAAAACACCCCACAACCCAUCUCAGUACUCAAAACCAAAGAAGCGUUUGCUUCUACUCUCCUCCUCCUCCUCCUCCUCUUCGUCCUCCUCCUCCUUCCUCUUCUGCUGAGGAAGACGAGCGAAACAGAGUGAGUGAUGGGCUCACCUCCGCUUUGCGAAAGGCCCCGCGCCGCUUCCCACGGCGCGUUCGCGGUGACCACCAGCUUCUUCCGCCACAAGCUCCAGUAGAAGCCGGAAAAAAAAGGAGCUUUUCUUUUUACCAAAAAAAAAAAAGCGCUCUUUUGGGAAGCCGAGAUGGUGCCCGUCGCACCCUGCAAAAACCCUGCUUAGACGAAAGGGAAACAAAAAAAAAAGGUCUUUUUUUUCGCUUGUAAUCGAAGGCGGAAGCAGGGGGAGAUGAUGGCGAAGGAGAUGAUGAUAUACAAGGGUUCAAAUACGGCGACUUUGCUCCCGCACGAAGGAGUCUCCGCCGAGGGUUUCGAGGCCUUGUUCUCUCCGGUGGGAUUUUACGGAUCAAGAGCUAUGAUAAAUUUCGACGAAACCCCUCAAAGAAAAAGAUUUUCCGAUGAGGACUCGGACGAGUUCACUCAUCUUCCGUUGAAGAAGAGGAGGCUCAGUGAUGACCAAAUUGAGUUUCUGGAGAGGAGCUUCGAAGUCGAAAACAGGCUCGAGCCGGAACGGAAGAUCGAGCUCGCGAAGGAGCUCGGGCUCGAACCCAAACAGGUCGCGAUUUGGUUUCAGAACCGUCGUGCUCGGUGGAAGAUAAAGCAGCUGGAGAAGGACUACGAUGCACUAAAAUGUAGCUAUGAUUCCCUCAAGGUUAAUUAUGAGGGUUUAUGCAAGGAGAAAGAGGAUCUUCAAGCUGAGGUACUUUCACUCGCGAAAAAGCUCGGCGUCGAAAACAUGUUCAGUUUAUCCACGCAGUCGUUUGAAUUCGAAAAAACCAACAAAAUUUCCCAAAAACCAAAGAAAAUUUUGGUUUCGUCGGAAGGAGGGGGAUCAGAUGACCAAAAUCUAAUGGUAAGCAAACCAGAAGAUCUCAUCUCUAGCAACAGUGUGGUGUUUAAUAGUUGUGAGAGCCCUCAACACACUGAGAGCUCUCAUUGCAUGGAGAAAGGAAACUCAGUUCUAUCAGAUCCUACAGUAGAUUCUUCCAAUCUCCAAGGAUACUCUUGCAAAUAUGAAAUCCCAUUUGUGGACCAGGAUUUCUUGUUCUGGCCUUAGUUGGGUACUCUUAAUUAAUGUUUAAGAAGAUGUAUUAAUAAUCCAUCCAGUUUAUUGGCUUUUUUAAGAAUAAGCCAUUUAGUGGCUUAAUGUAUGAGUCCCCUUUUUGUUCAGUGUGAAAUUAUCGUGUGAGGAAACAAUCUACUUUGUUGAAUCACCUUAUAAAUUUGGAAUAUGCUAUCUGUAUAUUUGUUAUA